AAAACUGUAUGUGGGUUUUUUAAGAAGUUGGGGAGAAAUAUGUUGUCUAUGGUUAUUUUUGCAUCGGAUUUUCUAUAUAAACGAUAAGAAUUAGAAAAAGGAAUUAAUUUGGAGUAUUUGCAUCACUAUUUGGUGCUAAAGGUUUGAUCUUUUGUGCUUCUGAUGGUUCCGGCAACGGUUUUUUAGCUCUAAUUCUCUAUGGAGACUUGUCAAUAUAGGUAGUUUACUUCAAGUUUUAUUGAAUAUAUUUUAGUAGCAAUCAGUUCUUGCUUGAAAUGGGGAGCCCUAGAUAAUAUUUUUUUAUUUGGAAUGCUCGUUGCUGUCUUGCUGAAUUUGGGGGCUGGUGAUUGGUCUAGGGGAUUAUUAGAACACUAUGCAGUUUUUUUUACUUCAGGUGUCUCGUUUACUUAUUUCAGUCUUGCCCUUGUUUGUUUACUUGAUUACGCUCAAUGUGAUUCUGUAGAUGCAUGAUGGAUUAAAAUUUCAUAGGACUUGGCUAAAAAUAUAUUUCACAUAUAAGUUUCUUUCCUAACUGAUAUACAGAGAAAUUGUAGUUCUGAAAGAAGAUAUGUACUUCUUUUCAAGUGUGUUAGACUGUGGCCCUUCUUGAAAAUUAGGGUUCCUUGUAAAUUAGUGAAUUUCUUAUUUUGUGUUCAGUUCCAUAAGCCAGACAAGAAUUGCAUAACAAAUGGUAAUUCUGAAAUGUCGCAACAUACUUAUUAUUAUUUCCAUUGUUAGAUCUCACGAUCAUACCAAGAAGCUGCGAGGUUCUAUUCUCAAAUCUUAAAUUCCUUCCAAAGUAGCCAUAUAAUAUCAACUGGUUUCCGCUGCAGUCAAGUUUAUGAUUUUCAAGCAUAAUGGUCUGAUUAAGGCACACUGCUUUUGCAUGCAUUCAGUGUGUAUGAGUGAUGUUCAGUGGGCAAAAAGGAUUUCAUGCUCUUAAUAUAUUCAAGUGGCGACAGGGUAGUACAUCUUCUCUGAAUACUGGGUUGCUUGAUGAUGUACCUCAUGAAAUUGAGUUGUCUGAUUAUCAUAGAACACCGAGCCCUGAUAGUGAGAGCCCAUCUGGGCUGCUUGAUGGGGAGACCUUGAAUGCUGAGCCGAUUGAUGAUCUGGAUCUGUUCUUUGAGAGGAUUUACACCUAUUACUGUGAGAAAGGCCUGUGGUGCAUUAUCAUCAAGUGGAUGUUUGAGCUUCUGAGUUUGGCUUUCACUAUAUGUUUUUCUGGGUUUUUUCUACUUGUUGUUGAUUGGAAUGGCCUCCGUAGUGCAAAAUGUGGUAUGGAUGCAGUGGAAUCUGGAAUCAAACCUUGUGACCUCUAUGAGGAAGCUUUACAUAAGCAUCCAUUGUCUCCUUUCACUAUUUCAAAAGCUAUAAUUGUUGGAUAUUUGGGGAUAUUUUCCAUCUACUGUAUAUUCUGCUUUUUGAGGUUCUUUGCGCAGUUGAAGGAGACUCUGAAGAUUCGUUGGUUUUACUACAACUGCCUCCAUGUCACAGACAAUGAAAUACAGACGAUGCCAUGGUCGCUGAUUCUUGAAAAAGUUGUUCAAGUACAGAGGACACAUCAGCUGUGUGUGGUCAAGGAUCUUUCUAUGCAUGAUGUGGCCAUGAGGUUGAUGAGGAAGGAAAAUUACUUGAUUGGCAUGCUUAAUAAAGGAGUGCUUGCAUUUCCCAUAUCACAGUGGGUCCCUGGUUCGUGCGCAACUGGAAGUGUUGGUACAGAUGGUGUACAACUUCGUCUAGUACUGCCAAAGACUCUUGAAUGGACGCUGAAUUGGUGCAUACUCCAGAGUAUGUUUGACAGAAACUUUUGUGUUAGAAGAGACUUUGUCUCAGAUCCAAAUACAUUGAGGAAAAGGCUAAUAAUAGUUGGCUUUACUCUGCUUCUUUUAUCUCCGUUCCUUGUAAUUUUCAUGCUCGUAUAUCUCUUCUUGAGCCACGCCGAACAGUUUUACAACCAUCCAAGUACAGCAUUUUCCAGGAGAUGGUCAAACCUCUCUAAGUGGAUGUUCAGAGAAUUCAAUGAGGUUGAUCAUUUGUUUAAGCACCGGAUAAACAGCAGCAUUGUGCAUUCUUCUGAUUACUUGAAACAAUUUCCUUCACCCAUCUUGACUAUUGUGGCGAAGUUCAUAUCAUUUGUUUCUGGUGGCUUUGCUGCUGUGCUCAUAAUAAUUGCGUUUUUAGAAGAAUCUCUCCUGGAAGGCCAUAUAUUUGGGCGAAACUUAUUCUGGUAUGCUGCAGUUUUUGGAACUAUAACUGCUAUAAGCCGUGCUGCAAUGAGGGAUGAGCUUCUUGUCCUUGAUCCACAGUCAGCAAUGUCCCUGGUUGUACAACACACGCACUAUAUGCCAAAAAGAUGGCGUGUGAAAGAGAAUACUGAGACAGUGCGGGUCGAGUUUGAGACUCUUUUUCAGUACACAGGAAUGAUGCUGUUGGAGGAGAUGGCCUCAAUCUUUCUUACGCCAUAUCUACUUAUGUUUGUUGUCCCUAAGCGGGUGGAUGAUAUCUUAAAGUUCAUCAAGGACUUCACUGUGGAUGUUGAAGGCGUGGGCCACGUUUGUAGCUUCAGCCUCUUCGAUUUUAGAAAUCACGGAAACAAAAGAUACGGUUCACCAUUUAACUCGUCUCACGAUCAGAGGAGUUCCCAGGGGAAAAUGGAGAAGUCAUUCUUGAGCUUUCAGAUUGCGUAUCCGUCAUGGGAACCUAAUGAUGAUGGGAAGCAGUUCUUCGCGUCGUUGAAAAUAUUCAGAGAUCAAAAGCUGAGAGGUCAAGGAACAGCAGCCUCGCAGACGGCAUCAGGGAUGGUGCAUCAGAAUCCGAGAUUCAGAGGCUUUGGCGCGAGCGAACGGGAUGCCAUGUUUUCGAGGGAAGCAGUGUUCAACAAUAUGGGAAACUUCCACCAGUUAGACUCGAUGUGGCUGAUUGACUGCGAGCAGAAGAAUUUUCCCUACAUUCUCGAAUGGUAUUACACCUCGCACAAUCAUGACAGAGACGAGGAUAACUCGAGAGAGACGCUGUCGAGAAGCUACGACCAAGAUGAGGAGAACCCUCCCGCUCUAUGGAUGCCGUCCCACCUGGCCAUCAACACUCCCAAAUACGACGAUGGAAACUGGGACGACAACCUGUUUGAGGAUCGCACACAGAGCCAUCUAGAAGCUUCGACAUCGGUUCCUCUCUACCAAGAGAGUGUGCUACAGCAGCAUCACGAGUCCAAUGACGCGCAGCACCCUGGAAGGAGCCACUGGUGGGCCAGAACGCGGCCACAUGGUCCAGGUCAGGAGACGAGCUUCCUUGAGCCACCAAACUUCUUCCAUGAAGCUUCCAACGAUGACGGCGACAACUACUCAGACGAGAGAAGUGGCGAGGAAUAUCAGCUGGACUUGAGAAACUCGAGGGGGCUGUCAAGGACAUUCUACAUGGACGAUUUAGAUGGAGGGAAUUUCAACCUUCCGUUUGUCGACAUAUAUGAAGAUCCGUUGGAGGGGGGCUCGGGCUCGGUGGAUUCUGAUCCUCCAAAUCUGGUGUGAGAGCUCGCUCGGGUUUGAAACGAGUAGAAUAUUGAUCCAAAAUCUCAAAAUUAUUUCAUGUAGAUAGCAAAAAAGGUGUACAGCAAUUGGAAUGUGAAGUUUGGUUUUCCCAUAUAUUCUUGAUUCGCAAUGUGGGGAAGUGAACUAAAAACUGCUCUAAUCAUUCUUGUACUAUAUGCUAGUAGUAUGAUGGUCGGAGGGCUAUGUUUCGACACUAGUCUUUAUUUAUGAUUAUCAGUACUCACUCCAAAAUGACAUUCGUUUACGCCA